AUGUCCAACCAAACAGCUCCCAGCGAAGCUGCUAACAAAUCUCGACUCGCUGUCGUAUUACGCAAACUCAGCGCUCUCACGCAGCGGCCCGAACCGAAGAAGUACCCGUCGAUUGCUUCUAUCCCCUACACGUCAGCCGAACGUCUAGCGCAAGCUGCUGAAGAUUACGUUGUCGAUCGCGAUCAUCCAGCUCCCAAGACCUAUCUCUACCUCGCUUAUGGAUCCAACCUCGCUGCCGAGACGUUCCUGGGCGUGCGUGGAAUCCGUCCGCUUUCGCAAGUGAAUGUUUCAGUGCCGACAUUGGAGCUCACGUUCAGCUUGCCCGGAAUCCCCUAUCGAGAGCCGUGUUUCGCAAAUGUCGACUACCGAAAGCUUCCUGACAAGCCAAAGCUGCCCCCAAAGGUGCCGAUUCCACCUUUCGAUCCCCCACAACCACCUCACUCGGAGUCGAUGAAGUGGGAUGAAGGUCUCAUUGGCGUGGUAUACGAAGUGACAGAGCAAGAUUACGGCACCAUCAUCCGCACUGAGGGUGGUGGAGCGGGUUACAAGGAGAUUGUCGUACCUUGUGUUCCCCUGCCACCAAAGGUCUCGAUCCCUGAGAAGCCAUUCCCAGACAUCCCCAGACCCUUUAUGUCACGAACGCUUUUUGCACCUCAGAUUCCCGACAAGGAUCUGCCAGAUGACCCUCGCAAGAAGAAGUGGUGGUAUCCAAUCUUGGUUGCACCUCCGCGUGAGCCUGGCUACGCAGAAGCCAGCGCGCGCUACCUCAAUCUCAUCAAGGAUGGCGCUAAAGAACACGAGCUUCCUGACGGAUAUCAGCGUUGGCUGCAUUCGCUACAGCCCUACACGAUAACGACUUUGCGACAGAGGAUUGGAGCAUUUCUGUUUUUGUUCUUUAGCGGCCUUUUCUUCGUCACCAUUAUCAUGAUGUCCAAGGUUUUUGCUGACAAGUCUGGCAAAGUACCUCAAUGGCUAGCUGUCACCAUGACUGUGACGUUCAAUGUGACGUGGAUGAUUUACGACAAGUUUUUUAAGCCUGUUUUUGGAAAUGGCGAGAGAACUGAGGAGAAGGACACACGAAAGUUGUCUACUCGGGUGCGUUCCAUGUCGGGCGGUAUGCUUGAUCUUUAUCCAUCCGCAGAUGAAGAGAAGGCAGCAUUGUUGAAGGCGCUGAACGUAAACAACUGA